ACUUGGGACGUGUCAACAGCGGAGUCGCUUACGACCCGGUACCAACACCGCCUUCCCCUUGUGUUGUUGUAGCAGAGCGAUACUAGACGAUAACAAUGAUUUCUGACGUGCAGCUGGCAGUGUUCGUAAACAUCCUCGGGGUCUCGCUCUUCCUCAUGGUCGUCCUCUACCAUUAUAUCUCGGCCAACAAUCCAAAAACUCACUAAGAAAUUGUUUGCUUGUACGAGUGAUUGUGUGGGUGUGUUUGUUAAGAUGUGUGAGAAGGAUGGGGAAGAGAUAUUACUGUGAUUAUUGUGACAGAACUUAUCCAUACAGUGUUGAGGCUCGUAAGAAACAUGCCUUUGGACACUAUCACCAGAAGUUGAAAACACUCCACUAUGACCAGUUUAAAUCUGCUAAAGAACGCCUUCAAGAUGAAUUAUCAAAGGAGAAGUGCCGGCGCUUCCAUUCGGGUCAAGAAUGUUCAUUUGGAGACACUUGCAUUUAUUCCCAUCUCACAGUUGCAGAUAUAUGCAGUCUAAAACAUCAAGCAAAGGAAGAGGACAAUGCUGCAAGGAAACGUAAACUUCCCACACUAGUAAAGGACGGCAAGGAGCCAUCACUUGAAGGCUGGCAAUCUAUGAGGGAAAUUCAAAUGCAACCAUCCUCAGAUUAUUCAGUGGAAGAUCUCGCACACUGGGAACUCAAGUACACAUUACCACCAAGUCUCAAGGAUGUAGCUUUCCUUCCACCUUCUCUCAUUCCUCCAUCUUCUGAAAGUUUGUUACAGUGUGAAUUUACAGAGUGGGGUUAAUUUUCUUUUUAUUUUGGUUUGAAGGCAUUAUUCUUACAUAUUUUUUUUUUGUAUGGAAUAUUUUUGGAAGCAAGAUCAAUAAAAGCUGUUUAAAAUGGUGA